AUGCCCGUCACAACGAUCGCUGCCCACCAAGUCCGCAUCAAGGCGCCGCAUGCGGUCACGAUUGGAAGCUCGUCUUCGACAAGCUCGUCGCGCAGCAGCAGCAGCGGCUCCAGCGACGGCCGACGACGCAACACCAUUGUCGACGAGGCCAUGCACCACCUUCUCCAAGACCUCAAGGAGGUCGACUUUGCGGCCGAGCCCGAACGCGCCACCGAAGCCCUCGACACAUUCCGCCACCACCUCGAGACGAUGCGCAAGAUGCGAGCGCGGCGGCACUCAACCUCGUCGGACACGACCGCCCGAUCGCGCCCAUACGUCGACCUGAGUCGCACGAGCUGCUAA